AUGGUCACCCACAGCAAGCUGCCCGCCGCCGGGAUGAGCCGCGCCGGCAGCCUGGACGCCAGCCUGCGCCUCAAGACGUUCAGCUCCAAGAGCGAGUACCAGCUGGUGGUGAACACCGUGCGCAAGCUGCAGGAGAGCGGCUUCUACUGGAGCACCGUGACGGGCGGCGAGGCCAACGUGCUGCUCAGCGCCGAGCCUGCCGGCACCUUCCUCAUCAGGGACAGCUCCGACCAGCGGCACUUCUUCACGCUCAGCGUCAAGACGGAGUCGGGCACCAAGAACCUGCGCAUCCAGUGCGAGGGCGGCAGCUUCUCGCUGCAGAGCGACCCGCGCGGCGGGCAGCCGGCGCCGCGCUUCGACUGCGUGCUCAAGCUGGUGCACCACUACAUGCCGCCCGCGCCCUGCGCCGGCCCCGAGCGCCCCCGGCGCACCUACUACAUCUACUCGGGCGGCGAGAAGAUCCCGCUGGUGCUGAGCCGCCCGCUCUCCUCCAGCGUCUCCACGCUGCAGCACCUCUGCCGCAAGACCGUCAACGGGCACCUGGAGGCCUAUGAGCAGCUCACGCAGCUGCCCGGGCCCAUCAAGGAGUUCCUGGACCAGUACGAUGCCCCCCUCUAGGGUCC